CAUCGGAAGCAGUUGACAACUAUGACAGAAUUUUUGUACCUAACCUUACUUUAUGCAAUUUUGACAGUUCCUCGCUGCUCGUAAACAGUUGUGGUAAAAAAUAGUUGAUUUUUUUAUUUUUAGACUAUUUAUCCAAAAAAAAAAAUGGAUUUUGACGAACAGUUUCUCUUUCUGUCCUUUCUUUUUUUGGAAUGUGUCUUUUUGUAUCUAAUGACACAAGAAAAUAGAAGAUGGUGGGUCAGACCAAUAUUCAGAGAAAGGAAUGAGAAAGGGGCUUUUCGAAAUAUUUUUACCCAUAUGAAAACAAAGGAUCCUGAAAUGUUUUUUAAGUAUACAAGAAUGCUACCAGAUCAGUUUGACAGUAUCAUGUGUCUCCUUAAGCCAAAACUACUAAAACAUAGUAGGAGAGAAUAUUUAAGCCCUGCAUUAAAGUUGGCUAUGACUUUGAAGUUUCUGGCUCAUGGAGGAUCAUUUCAAAGUUUGUCAUGGGAAUUCCGCGUUGGACAUUCAACUGUUUCAAAAGUGAUCUUUGAAACAUGCACCGCAAUUUGGGAUACAAUGCAACCUAUUUACUUGAAAUCCCCUACUGAACAAGAGUGGAUUAAUAUCAGCCACCAGUUUUCAAAUAGAUGGAAUUUUCCACAUACACUUGGGGCCAUUGAUGGAAAACAUGUUCACAUUCAAUGCCCAUUGAAUAGUGGGUCAUUGUAUUAUAAUUAUAAAAACCACUUUAGCAUUAUCUUACUAGCAUGCUGUGAUGCUGAUUAUAAAUUUAUUUGGGCAGAUAUUGGUGCGUAUGGCUCUGAACAUGAUGCUAGAUGCUAGUGUAUUUCGGAGAUCUCAGAUGGGAAAACAGUUAGAUGAAGGAUCAGUUCAGUUGCCAAAGGUAGAUCAAUUGCCAAGUAGCAAUGUUGAAAUGCCCUAUUUUUUUGUUGGCGAUGAAGCUUUCCCGUUGAAACCAUAUCUAAUGAGGCCAUAUCCAGGGAGGCAACUAACCGAACAGAAAUCAGUUUUCAACUACAGGUAGGUAUGUGGAAACAGCACAAAAUGAAUAUUUCUGACAAAUUUUGUUGCAGAUUAUCACGAGCAAGAUGUGUCAUAGAAAAUAGUUUUGGGAUACUUGCAAGUAGAUGGAGAGUUUAUCGCUCUCCUCUGCUAUGCUCCAUAAAAACAACAGAGGCUGUGGUAAAAGCUACAUUAUGCCUACAUAAUUAUUUGAAAACUGAGGCACCAACGACAUAUGUACCACCUACAUUAAUAGACUCCUUGAAGGAUGAUGGUGGAACAAAUAGGGAUGGUGAAUGGAGAGAAAUCAUCCAAAAUGACACCAACUUGACACCAAUUGGCAGAGUGGGAGCAAAUAUAUCAGCCAGUGCAACUAUGGCUUUGAGAGACAAGCUAGCAGAAUAUUUGAUAUCAGAUGCUGGAGCAGUGUCAUGGCAAAUGGCAUAUGUUAACAGAGGAAGAUUUUGAAAUAUGCUAGCAUACUGUCUAUUGUAUGGAAAUUAAAAGCAUAGUAGUAUUUUUUAGUAUCAAUUUUUAUAAAUAAAAGUAGCAAG